AUCAUAAAUGGUAUUCUCUUCUGAUCCAUUACAGACAGACCAAUAGUGCUGAUAAAGACAGCUCUAUUUACUUUCACUUUCAACGCUUGACAGAAGUCAAGAGUUGAAUCAGAGAGAGCAUGUUUUAGAGGGAUAUGGUUUAGCGUUAUAUCUACAUGUCAUUUUAAAGUUGAAUAUUAUAUAUAUAUAUCAAGCACAUGGUAGCGCUGAAUUAGUUGACGAAGGAAGAUUCUCGGUGAAACAGUAAAUAGGAGGAUCAAUAAUCAUAUGUCCGUUGAAUUGCUUGUUUAUACAUUUCACAUUGUCAGAUCAUGUAAACUAGCAAUUUAGUCAUCUGUACUUUAACUAGUGAAUCGUAUUGGAUAUCGAUUCUAAGAAAAUUGUUACUCCUACUUAAACUUUAAAUUAUCAACAGGAAUAAUCAAUUUUUUUUAAAUAUUAAAAAAAAAGUGGUUUUGUGAUCGAAAUUUUUACAAGAAACACUCUUUAGCGUAAAGAGAUUAAUUUGGGAAUAUGUUUGAAAAGUUAGAAUUAUUCAUUUGAUGAUUGUGUUAUAACUUGUAUUGGCUGAUUGGAUUGAAAUCUUCGUUACAUCAAUUUCGCUUUAUUUUGUUGGAGAUUUUCACAAUUUGCAGAGUGUUAUUCUAGGAAAGAGAUGUGAUGUUUCUAGGGUCUUCCGUUUAUCUGUAGAUUAGAAAUUUUAUGCCGUAAAAUUUGAUUUGAAAAUAUUUACAGAUAAGUGUUAUAUUAUCUACUAGAGUGGAAAUGAGACCUAACUGAAGCUAUCAUUACAAGGCUUUUUUUAAUAGCAAGAGAUAUUUAAGCAAUUUAGAAAGAAAACCGGUUUAAAAUGGGAUGCCAUUUUCAUUUGUUAUUUAUUGUUCUAGUUUUCAUAUUGGAGAAUGUAUGCACACAGCCAGGAAUUAAUGGAGUUAACCCUGGAAUGAAUGGACCAUUUUAUAUACCACAAUAUAAAGAUGUCAAGAUUGACCCAGAUCAAAUGAAAGCUGUUGCUGAAGAAUUUGGAGAUAAGAUGAAUAAGAUGGUUUAUGACUUUACCUCUUAUAAAUUCUUAGAACAGAAAUAUGAUAAAUAUUUUCAACAUUUCAUCAAGCUAGAUGGUAGAUCCUUAGUAAAUGAGGUAGCCAAUGAUAUUGGUAGAAUGUUAAAGAAAAAGAUUAAAGCAGUUGAGGAAUUGGUUGAAGUUGCUGAAAAAGAAAACAUUAAAAGUCAUUAUGAAGAAACAAUUGAUCUUGACUACCUCAAUAACAAGAAACUUCUCAGUGAUGAUGACCUGCAGGCAAUGAAUGAAACAGUAGAGAAUGCAAUGAAAACUUACAAAUAUAUUCAUUUAGUCCAAGACAAAAAGUAUAAUGAUGAAAUGAUCAAUUAUAAUCUGAGUACUAUACAUGUACCAACUAAUGUAUUUGAUAAAGCUCCAGAGAUUCAGAAUGGAGUAAACUGGACACAUACAUUAGAUGGACAAUUCCAGAAAAAUCACAAUACUGACCAAUCAUCUAAAUGGCAAUACUUCUGUAGUUCAGAUGGUUUCUUCAGAAUUUAUCCAGGAAUAAAAUGGCCUAAGAAUAAUACAGAUGGGAGAAUUGAUACCUUUGAUUGUAGAAUGAGAAGUUGGUAUAUAAAAGCAGCAACUACACCAAAGAAUAUUAUAGUAUUGAUAGAUUCUAGUGGUAGUAUGAAAGGCCUGCGUAUGAAGAUUACACACUUUACAGUUGAUAAAAUAUUACAGACCCUAAGUGAUGAAGAUCAUUUUCAAAUUAUAGAAUUUUCAAAAGAGCCAUCAUAUGUUGACAAAGGCUGUUCUAACGGAACACUAAUUCAUGCCAGUGAGCAAAACAAAAGAAGAAUGUUGGAGAAAGUCAAAGAUAUCAAACCUAGUCAGAAAGCUAACUUUACUAGAGCUUUAAUAGAAGCAUUUGAAUUGUUUGAAGAGGUGGAGUCAAAUUUAUCAAAUAAUUCUGAGCAGUCAAAGCAAACAAAACAGACAGACAAUCCUAAACUUUGUAACAAAGCUUUAAUGUUAAUCACUGAUGGAGCACCGGAAAGUUAUGAAAAAGUUUUCCAGGAAUACAAUUGGCCAAGUAAUAAAUCGGUCAGAGUGUUUACAUUUCUCAUUGGAAGAGAAGUAUCAGAGAGUCGCAAUGCAAAAUGGAUGGCAGAUGCUAAUAGAGGAUAUUAUACACAUAUAUCUACCUUAGCAGAUGUUCAAGAAAAUGUUCAGGAAUAUAUAAAAGUGAUGAGCCGACCUUUAGCUUUUAGUAGAACAAAGAAUCAUAUAUGGACAUCCCUGUAUGCAGACUAUAUAACAGAAGUCUCAGAUAACAAAGACAGGGGAUUGCAGUAUAUUGUAUCAUUUGCUGCACCAGUUUAUGACUUGAAAGGCUAUUAUAAUGAGAGUAAACUAUUAGGAGUUGCAGGAACAGAUGUAACAGUUCAACAAAUUCAGGAUUUAAUACCAUAUAAUAGGUUAGGUCCAAAUGCUUAUGCCUUUGUAGUAACUCAUCAGGGUUAUGUCCUAUUCCAUCCAAAUUUCCAACCAACCUUUUUAAAGCAAGAUCCAGAAGAUGGCUUUAAUCCAAAUCCAGCUAAAAUACAAGAAUUACAUCCUAAUUUUCAAAAUGUAGAUAUCACUGAUGUAGAAUAUUCUCAGGAUGAUGAACUCUUACAGCAGAUGAGAACAAAGUUAUUAUUAGGGAAGAAAAGAGAACCAAUUACACUAACAUUAAAAGUGCCUUAUGAUGAAGAUAGCAACUGUCCAGAAUUUGGAACGAAGAGAAUUGCAGUGAGAAACUACACCUUUUAUUAUUCUAAAAUAGCAGAGACAGAAUUUAGCCUAGGUAUUGCUUUAGCUCAAAAGAGAGUACCUAGUAUAUCAUACAGAACAGAUAUGAACAAAAGCAGAAAAAAAGAUGGUCAUACAGAACUAGCAACAUGGCGUUAUUGUAAACAUGAAUGGACAGACUUCAAUGAAUUACAAGAUUUCUUGGUAAACAAAUUUUCUGACAGUAGGAAUGAUAAAAAGUCUGGUAAUGGUAAAAAGUCUAAAGGAGAGGCUAAAGGGUGUUCUGAAUACAGUGAUAGUUAUUUACAAUGGGACUGGAGUAUAACAAGUGAUAUAUUAGAUGAAUGGACCAAGAGAGCAAGGGAACAAGUUUCUGCAAGUUAUGAUACUAGAGUGAAGCCAAAAGAAGUGUAUAAAAGUUUUGGAGUAGAACAAGUGUUUUUAUGGACAUCAGCUGGUUUGACAAAAUAUGUAACAGCCUCAGCAAACUUAACAGAGCCGAAUUUUAUAAAAGAGAACAGGGAUACUGUAAAGAAUAAAUAUUAUAGACAAACAGUAGAAGGAUUGGAAUACGGGUAUAAUUAUACAUACUCUGUACCUUAUCAUGCAGAACUGUAUACUCAUCCAAAACAUUUGGUUAUAACAAUAACAGCACCAAUAUAUAAACAGAAAUUUACAAUGCUGGUAGUAGGAUUACAAAUGAAAUACUUAUCAUUUACACAACGUAUGGAGGAAGUCAUAGAAAACAUGUCUGUUCCUCAAACAAAUCCUGAUAACUCGUUAUCUUGUAAGGACAAAGAUCAAAUAACCUGUUAUAUUUUAGACAGUAAUGGAUAUAUUAUCUAUUCAAAUAUGGACAAUGAAAAUAUGACAUCAGCUGGUAAACUUUUAGAGGACCAGUCAUUAAUGCAAGAAUUAAUUGACAACGGCUUUUAUAAACAAGAAAAAUAUUUGAAUCAACAAGUCAUGUGUAAGAAGGAGCUCAGAGAGGAUGGUGAAAACUCUGCUGCCUUUUUACUAAAUCCAUUCAAACAGUUUGCAAAUUUAAUUUUUUGGAUGUUUACAGAAACAGUCAUAUUUUUAUAUGAGUGGAGUUGGUUUACAGAAGAUUACAGUACUCAUGCUCAAGCUCCUAAAAAACACACAUGUUUCUUGUUCAAAGAUUUACAAGAAACUUCUAAGUUUAAUUCUUUACCAAGAUCAUACCAGCAUCAUUUACUACAGACAGUUCCAAUAUGUCCCAUGAUGGACAUACCAUGUGCUAGGUAUCAAACUAGAAACAGGAUGAACUUUAAUAAACUAAAGAGAUACAAACACAAUCCAUUUGUGUCAUCAACAUCAGAUUGCAAGUACUGUGCUGACCCAGCUUCCUGUAUGCCACAGUGUAAUAGGAGUUACACUGUACAGUGGAUAGACGAUACCAAUCUCAUGUUUGUGGCUUCAGCUUCACCUGUAAGAUGUAUUAAAUGUUUAUCUGAAAAGUUGGGUCCACCUUCAGAUAUGAACACAGAAAAAAUAUAUACUGAAGAAGAAACAUGUGAUACUUUAUUGAAUAAAUCAGUAUUAAUUAAAACUAGAGAUGAAUGUAUAGAUAGUCACGAAUCUGAACCAGAGUUAGAAAGUGGACAAGCUAGAAAUUCUUUUUCAUAUGUUAUUUUAGCUUUGACUUUUGUGUUAUGUUUGACAGCCAAUCAAAAGUCAGUAUGAUAUUAACUGCUGCCUUAAAAACCAUUUGUGAUGAACUUAUUUUGAAAGUGCCUGUUUAAUUAAGACUUAAUAUGGUUUUGUUUGUAAUUUGCUCAAUUAAGAUAUCAAACUGUACAGAGUAUAUAGAGGAAAUGAUUCUUAGUCAAGUAGAGGUGUGUAGUCAGUUUAUAUGCAUUAGGUCUUUUUUACCAGUAAAUCAAGUGCAUAGAAUUUAAUUAAUUACUAUUGCAUUCUAGUCAUUUUUUAUCAAAGGUUGUUUUUUUUUCUUCAUUUUAUUGUUCAUUUUUCAUGCAUUUUUUUCAUGCAUUUUUUUUGUGCUGUUUAUCUAAAACAACACUUUGAAGAAGAUGUCCUACUUUGUGAGCUAGCAUGUUUAAAUUUAGACUGGAGUGUGCCAAUAUAUAUCACUAAGCAGGGUAUUUUCUUAUGUCAUUAACAUUUUAUUGUCCAAAAGUAUAUUGUCCAGAAGUAUGUGAUAUUUGUCGUUACAUCUGAAACACUCAUCUAUUAAAUCUAUCAAUCUUUAACUUUGGUGAAAUUGUAUGACCAAGUUCAUUUUAUUGUUGGUUGUACUUAAUAUGAUGAAAUAUUAACCAUUGCAUGGAUGAAAUCUUGGACAAUAGGUCAGCAACCAGACAUAACUAGUGGCUAUCACUUAACCUUAAUCUUAUUAUCAUAGUCCAGUGGUCAAGUAAAGUUAUUUUUAUUAUAUUUUCUGCUCCAUCUGUUAGGCAUGACAAGUCAACAAUAUUUUGUAUGAUGAUUUACUGUUACAAGCAUAUGUUCACCUGACACUUGAAAAUAGAACUUUGACCUUGACCUGAGCUAGAGCAUAAACAUACCUUAAAAAUAAUGUGAUAUUGCAGUAGCAGAAACAAUUCAGUACAUGUAUGCCAAAUUUCGUAUUUAAAAAAAUACCAGUAUUGAGGGGCAUUCAUGAUCAAUUGCAUUCAGUUUGUUUUUUGUUUAUUAUUGGUUAUACUUAAAGUAUUAGUCAUUCAUAAGUGUUCUUCACAUUGUUUCAGUUACAUAUUGUAUUUUAAAUUUUGGAUGUCAGAGGUAAUUCUUGAUUGUUUUACCUCGUAUUGAUUUUGUUUUUUUCAAAUUUUACGGGAAUUAUUAUUUUACAAUCAAGAGAGAUCAUCUUUUUGAGCUAAUCAGUUGUAUUGUUUCUAGUCUGAAGCCAGUAGUUUUGUUUUACUUUUUACUGGUAGGCUAAAUAAAAAAACUAUGCUUUUUAUAACAGGCAAAAUAUUUGUGUACUGUUUUUAUUACCUGAUGCUUAUGGUUUUAUUAAAUAAACUGUAACAUUUAAAUUCUUUGUAUUGCACUUUUAUCAACUUAUAUACAUUUGACAGUUUUGAAGAUUAAUUAAUUUCUCCACUUGAUACAUUAUUGAGAGAGCCAUUGUUAAAUCUGUUAAAUCAGGAUUGGUAUUCAUUUGAAUAGUUCAUCAUAUAUAGGAGAUAUGUGUUUUGCAAAUGGACAAUCUGAAUAGAAUGCUUUAUUUUAAAUAUUUAUGUUUGUUAUGACUGUCAUUCAAGAACCCAAUAAAAAACAUUUUGAGAUGGUACAAAGUAAUUUCAGUAAAGCUAUUUUUACACUACCCUACAUUUAAAUCAUACCAGCCCUUGAAUUGCCAUGAAAUUCGCACACAAAAAAAGUGAAUAUCCUGAAAUAUGCCUGAAUUCCAAUCCUUCAGAAGCAUGCUUUAAAAUUGAAGCAUCUAUUUUAAAACUUUGCAUAAUACAGGAUUGACUUUAUAACAUCCAGGGUUCUCCCAAGAAUUUUCAAAUAGCACCAUGUAAAUUAACAUAGUACUAGUUUUCCCAAAAAAUAUAGCAGCAUGAUGCCUAUCCAUUCUAUUGUAAAAUUCUUCAAGAUACCACCAUGGUAGAAAAUGCAGAUUCAGGGUAUCAUGGUGCUUUAAAGCUCUGGAAAGGACACUUGACAUCAAUGAAAAUCUAAAGGUCUAGAUAAUCUGUCACAAAAAGAGUUUUUACUUUAUACCAAAUUCAAAUUGUGUAUAUAAUUUUAAUGUUAGGUGACUAAAAGAAUAUUUUAUAUGUAUCAUUCCAUUUACUCAUAGUUCACACCAAGCUCAUAAAAUUAAAAUAAGUAAAUAUAUUGAAGUCAAACUUACAGAGAUGUUACUUCAGGGACUCAAACCCACCUUUCUUUAAUGUUGUCUUGAUUUUGUAAGCAUUUACCAAAAUAUUUCCUUAUAAGAUAAUGGUAUUUUUGCCAUGUUCUGAAGUCUUAUUACUAUAUUGAUGAUUAACAAAAAAAUAUGGUGUACAUGUACCAGGAAGCUCAUUGGAUUUCGUUUUACAUGAGAUCCUCCAUAUUGAUGUUUUGAAAGCCAUGAAACAAACCUGACUGUUAUAAGACAUUAUCAAGGAAUUUAUACAAUUUGUUGUGUGUUAACAAUAGAUAUUUUAGUUGGAUCAAAUGACAAUAAGCCUAUAGAUUGAUCAGAGUAAUAUAUAAGUCAGAUUUAAUAGGAAUUCCUCUGACUUUACACAAUCUUUGGUAUUCAAAUUUCAUUAUAUAGAUAUAGAGGGAGAUACCAUGAAUAUUGUUUGAUUUUUGUCAAUUAGAUAUCAGAAUUAGUUGGUACAUUUAUAUGUAUAUAGUUGUUUGAUUUUUAUCUGUUACUCAAAUAUACAAUCAAAUAUUAUUACCAGUAAAACUAAUUUUCUGCAUGAAUUGUUUUUGUACCUUGU